GUCUUCAGGGAGAGCUGGUCGCCUUCUAGGGGGACAGAAAUGGACUCAGAAAUCAAGGAAGAAAUUCCUGUGCAUGAGGAAUUCAUUUUGUGUGGUGGAGUUGAAACCCAGGUUUUGAAAUGUGGGCCCUGGACUGACCUCUUUAAUGAUCAAAGUGUCAACAGGCCUAAGCUGCUUAUUUUCAUUAUUCCUGGUAACCCAGGUAUGUCUGUCUUCUACGUGCCAUUUUUAAAGGCUUUGUACUCUUUGACAAACAGACGCUUUCCAGUUUGGGUUAUCAGUCAUGCUGGGCAUGCCUUGGCCCCCAAAGACAAGAAGAUUCUUACAUCUUUGGCGGAUCAAAAUGCUCAAGAAAUUAAAGACAUUUAUGGACUGUGUGGUCAAAUAGAACACAAACUGGCUUUCCUGAGAACUCAUGUGCCAAAGGAAAUGAAGCUUGUGCUCAUCGGCCAUUCAAUAGGUUGCUAUAUUUCUCUUCAAAUGUUGAAGCGUGCCCCUGAGCUCCCAGUAAUUCGCUCCUUUCUGCUCUUUCCAACAAUUGAGCGAAUGUCUGAGUCACCCAAUGGCAGGAUUGCCACUCCACUUUUGUGCUGGUUUCGAUAUGCUGUCUAUGUUAUUAGCUACUUGUUAUUUAAACCAUGUCCUGAGAAAAUCAAGUCCUUGUUCAUCAGAAUGGGCCUUCAAGCAAUGAACCUAGAGUGUGAAUUUUCACUGAUGAAUGUAUUCGAACCUUUCUGCCAGGCAAAUGCUGUUUACCUUGGGGGCCAAGAAAUGAUGGAAGUGGUGAAGAGAGAUGAUGAAACCAUAAAGGAACAUUUGUCUAAGCUUACGUUUUACUAUGGUUCCAAAGAUAAUUGGUGUCCAAAAGAGUACUAUGAAGACAUCAAGAAAGAUUUUCCAGAAGGAGAUAUUCGACUCUGUGAGAAAAAUAUACCUCAUGGUUUUAUCCUCCAUUUUCACCAGGAAAUGGCUGAAAUUGUAGCUGACUGUCUGAAGGAUGAUCUCUCCAAAAUAUAAAUACGGACACAAGGAAACAAGCACCUACAGCCAGUACAUGGAGGCAGUGGGUUCACGAUACUUACUAUGUAAAUGUUUCAUUUUGAUGCUUGAUAUUAGAAAAGAAAAAAGUGAGAACCUCUUGACUUAAAAACUACCAGCUCCCAGCUCCCCAUGCUACAGGAUGAAGUCAACGUAGUUGAUCAUUCCAUAGGUUUAACAACACAUUUUCCAAGACUCAGGGAACACAAUGAUCUAAACAAGAUGUCAUGUUUACACAAGAUGCCCAGUAGCACCAUAUGGUUUAUUUUGGUAGGCAGGAUCCUUGCAGACAAAAGAAAAUCUAAAUUUAGUUGAUUUCAAUUGAGUUACAUUGUAGAGUAGGCUCUCCUGGAGAAAAUCAUGAAGUACGUGGUAGAAAACAUAAAAGCGAUCAGUAAGUGUUAAGUGCACGAGUAUAGUCAGAUAUGUGAAGUGUGUAAGAUCAUGAUGAGCAUACACUCAUGUUCCAGGAGCGGGAAGUGAUGAGCAGUGGGUAUUAGCAGUGGACCUGGGUCUCCUUUAAGGACAGAAGAUGAAGGUCAUCCCAGACUAACUGCAUAGAUCUUGACUGAGAUCAUCACUGUGACUUCCCCAUCUUCCUGCUUAGAAAAUAAAGUUCUCCAGACAUUGCUCUGGUCAUCUAACCAGAUAAAGAGUUGUUGGAGGAUCCCAGCUACACCUCCUGCCACAGGAC